AUGAUUGUACUCCAUGAAUAUCCUUUGUAUCUUGUUGAUUACAUUGGCUUUAGAAGAUUUGUAAGUGCACUACAGCCAUUGUUCAAGAUGGUGACUAGGAACACUAUUAGGAAGGAUAUAAUGGAUGCAUACAAGGAGAAAAAAAGAAAGGCAUUGCAAUAUAUGAUUGGAGCAAAAUCAAGAGUGGCUAUUACUACAGAUAUGUGGACAUCUGAUAACCAAAGAAGAGGUUAUAUGGCUAUCACAGCUCAUUUUAUUGACGAUUCUUGGACUUUAAGAAAAAUCAUUAUAAGGUUCAUAUAUGUUCCUGCUCCACAUACUGCUGAAGUGAUUUGUGAGCAACUAUAUGAAGCUUUGGUGGAAUGGAAUCUUGAUGAGAAGAUCUCAACUGUCACUCUAGACAAUUGCACUACAAAUGAUGCGGGAAAGCUAUUUCAUAUGCGUUGUGCUGCCCAUAUUCUAAACUUAAUAGUAAAGGAUGGUUUAGAGGUAAUACAGCCUGCUAUUGCCAAAAUUCGUGAAAGUAUUGCUUUUUGGACAGCUACACCUAAAAGAGUAGAAAAAUUUGAGGAAAUUGCCAAUGCUCGUGUUGCAAUAAGACGGCCAACAGUUAUGAGAGCUAAUUGUGAGCUACAAAGGUACUUAGAGGAUGAGUUGAUUCCAGUUGAAACAGAGAAUUUUCAGAUCCUUGAUUGGUGGAAGGUGGCUGGAACAAGGUAUCCUACACUGAGGAAGGUAGCAUGUGAUAUAUUUGCUAUUCCAGUUAGCACUGUUGCUUCUGAAUCCGCCUUUAGCACUAGUGGUAGAAUUCUUAGUGAGCACCGCAGCCGGCUUACUCCAGACAUAUUGGAGGCGCUCAUGUAUAUUGAGAAUGGUGAAAGAUCUAAAUUAUUUUGGACUUGGCUUCAAGAGAUCCAGGACAAAGUUGAGGGACUUACACUUUGCUGA